AUGUCCAAGCAGGAGAAACGCAUCAGCGUUAGGAAGAAGCGAGCUAUCCGGCACGUGUUCGGCCACAAAAUCGUCCGCGUCCAAGUUUCACGCGGCGAGGAGUUCACUGUCCCCGAAGACAUCAUAUGCAGCAGAUCCACAUUCUUCACGAAAAAGCUACAACCGAAGCGCAAACCUCUCAAGAAAGACAGUGAAUGCGCGAUCUGUACGGAACCGCUCGAACACGGCAUACAAGAGCUUACUUAUUGCGCUACUCAUUGUGGUAACAAUUUUCACCACAGAUGCAUUGAGAAGUGGAAGGCGGAGAAGCAGACAGCUCAUCAACCAGUCAACUGUCCUUUCUGUCGUCACAGCUGGUCGAAUGACACCGACGUCAUCACAGUACAUAAGUUUUCCGCCAUCGACGCUGAUGCCUUCGCAAUCUUUGUUGAGUGGCUUUACUAUGAUCAUAUCGCGGUUGAAGAUCGGGCGGACGAAGAUGGCAAAUUCUCCCUUGACACACAUGAACUUGUUAAGGCAUACGUUUUAGGACUCAAACUAAAGAGCAAGAAGUUCUGUCGAGACAUUAUACAGGGAUUGGUCGAAGUUAGUAAAGAGAUUGAUGAAUAUCCGGGUCCGGACAGCAUCCGCCUCGCUUACGAUAAGACAGCCAAAGGAUCAUCACUAAGGCUGGUCUUGGUACAACUAUGGGCAGACACAGCGGAUGCUGCUUGGAUCGAAGACGAUGAGACAGACGAGUAUCCCGCAGAAUUCUUCAAGGAUUUGACAACGGCUCUUUUGAGGAAGUAUCGUGGCAAACAGAAGUGGGAUCUAGAAAUGAUCAUAAAAGGCCAAACGAUGGAGGAUUCUAUCUUAGUUGACGACUCAGAUGAGGACAAGUCGCGUGAAGACGAGGACCAAGAAAUGGGGGAAGGAAAAUAG